CCUAGAAGAGUGUUGUGGUGAGCUGUGCGUGCGCCGCUCCGCGCACACGGAUUCUAUAUUACAUAUAGUCGAAGACACAUUAAUCGGUUCAUGAGUGGCAGUGAGGUGGCGUGGUGAAUGAGGACCCCUCCCCACUCAUCACCCUCAGACGCAGCAUGCCUGCGAGCAUGAUGAACCUGUACGAGAACGCCUGUCUGCGCUGCGGGAGAACCGUGUACCAAGUGGAUCGCAUCGGCCCGCUAAAGGACUUCACUUUUUUCCACACGGGAUGUUUUAAGUGCAGCGUCUGCUCGUCCAAACUCACUCUUAAGACUUACUGCAACAACCAGGAUGAUCAGGAUGACAAGGAGGUGUACUGCUCAUCCCACGUGCCCAAGAUCGGGCCUGGGCAUCUGGACGGAGAGGCUGUGGGCAUCCGGUCGGCCCUCAACGUACCCAAGUCUGCCCACUUCGUCAACGACCAGAUCCGGCCGGGUGGGAGGCCCUCCAUCGACGGGGAUUCGAUCGUGCUGAAGUCCCCGUACGCGCAUAAGGGCGGCAACGGCAGCGGCAACGGUUCAGAAAACGGACACAAUGAUUACAAAUACGGCCGCUUCGAUCACACGGCGCUGCACAUCGCCCAUGCCCUCAACGCCACCAGGAUUCAGCGCAUUUAUGAUAAACCCAUCAAUCAGUAUCUGGACGUGCAGGAGCAGAAGAUGAUGGAGAUGAAGCACCGCAUGGAGGAGGACGACCUGUACAAAAAGUUCGCGAAGCAGCGGGCGGCCGAGGAAGCCAAGAUCAACGAGCACCUGAAGGAGGAGUGGGAGACGGAGCUCGAGAAACUCACGUCGCAGUUCGAGCGCGACCUCGCCAUGAAGAAGAGGUCCCGCGAAGAGUCCAAGGUGCUGACGGUCCGCCACCAGAAGGACCGGGACGAACUCGAGAAGCACAUGACCAUCAAGCGGGAAGCCAAGAAGGAGAACCUCACGCGCAAGAUGCUGGAACACGAGAGGGCCGCCACCGCCGCCCUUGUCGAGAAGCACAGCAAGGAGAUGAUGCGGCUGAUCCAGGAGAAGCGCUCGGAGUACCUCGAGGACGACGAGGAGCUCGAGCACUACCCCGCGAGCCCCCCUCCCCCCCAGCCGCCCCCGCAGACCAAGCUGGACAUCUACACCGAUCCGGAGGAGUUCGCGCAGGUCGAUCAGCUGGCCAUCCAGGUCGCCCAGGAGGACCAGAAAACCUUCACGGACCUGGUGCGGAUGCUGGUGGGCCACUGCAGCUCGGACGUGGAAAAGGCCCGAACCAUCUUCAGGUGGAUAACCGUCAAGAACCUCAACUCCAUUACCUUCGACGACUCCGCCCACGGGGACACGCCCAUGGGUCUCCUCAGGGGUAUCAAGUACGGCACGGAGUCCUAUCACGUGCUCUUCAAGAGGCUUUGCAGCUACGCGGGUUUGCACUGCGUUGUGAUCAAAGGCUACAGCAAGUCGGCAGGGUACCAGCCCGGCGUCAAGUUCGAGGACAACCGCUUCAGAAACUCGUGGAAUGCGGUUUACGUGGCGGGGGCGUGGCGGUUCGUGCAGUGCAACUGGGGGGCGCGGCACCUGGUUAAUGCCAAGGAGGUGCCGAAGCCAGGAGGGAAGAGCAAGAGCGAUAGUUUGAGGCAGACCUCACGUGGGCUUGGAAGGAGGAAUAGCUUAAGAUACGAGUACGACGACCACUACUUCCUGACGGACCCGAAGGAGUUCAUCUACGAGUUCUUCCCGCUGCAACCCGAGUGGCAGCUCCUGAAGGCGCCCAUUAGCCUGCACGAGUUCGAGGAGCUGCCCUUCGUCCGUUCGCUCUUCUUCCGAUACGGACUCUACUUCCCCGACGAGCACACGAAGGCGGUCAUGUACACCGACUCCACAGGCGCAGCUACCAUCCGGAUCGGCAUGCCCAGCCACAUGCAGUCGUCGCUCAUCUUCCAUUACAAUCUCAAGCUCUAUGAUUCCGACAAGGACCAGUACGACAGCGUUUCUCUCAAGCGCUUUGUUAUGCAGAGCGUGGUGGGCAGCCUCGUGGCCUUCCGCGUCCACGCCCCGUGUUCGGGCGCCCUCCUCCUAGACAUCUUCGCCAACGCUGUCACCCCGCGCGAGUACCUCACCGGGGAGCCCAUGAAGUUCAAGAGCGUGUGCAAGUUCAAGAUCGUGUGCGAGGACCUGCAGACGGUGAUGGUGCCACUGCCGGACUGCGCCUCGGGCGAGUGGGGCCCCGCCAAGGCCACGCGCCUCUUCGGCCUCGAGCCCAUCACGCACCAGGACGCGCUGGUGUUCGCCGGCCGCGACCUCGAGCUGCAGUUCCACAUGACGCGGCCCCUCACCGACUUCAUGGCCACGCUGCACAAGAACGGCUCCGAGGAAAAGCGCCUCAGCAAGUACGUGAGCCACCGGGUCGCCGACGACAUCGUGACGUUCACGCUGAGCUUCCCCGAGGAGGGCCAGUACGGCCUGGACAUCUACACGCGCGAGGUGGCCAGCUCCGACUCCACGGGGCCCACGGAGAAGCACCUCCUCACGCACUGCUGCAAGUACCUCAUCAACUCCUCCAAGAGAAACUAGAGGCGCUGACCCCCUCCGCUUCCACGACGAGAGCCCCGGCUGCGUGUCCUACCCCGGGGGGGCGGAAAGGGCGUGUUGGGACGUCGAGAGUCCGAGAGCCGCCCGUCAGGAAGUCACAAGGAUUUAAGGAAAAGGUCUCGGGAGCCGGGAGUCCAAGGACGUGAGUCGUAGGGCACGUCCGCGACCCAGGCCCCGGGGCAGCACCGGACACCAAACCUUGCGCGGAGGAAGAGCUGAGCAUCCGUCCACAAGUGCCUUAAAAUAAACCGUCUUAAUCUCAAAUUAGUCUUAACUGCUAUUGUUUUGAAUGCAAGUAGUUUAUUUGGCGGCUGCGUUUUCCUUAAUCUUACUAUUACUUACAUAUAUUUUUUUUUGUUUUAGGUAAUGUUUUAAUUCACAAAUAUAAACUGUACAUAUUAAUAUAAACGAUACCACAGAGAUCUUAACCCCGUUAUAUCACAUCUUCUGUUAUUAUGUUACAGUGAUUGUAAUAAUAAGCAUGCUUAGGAUUUCCUUUGUUUGUUCCCCUCUUACAGAAUUUGUUUAUAUAUUGACCAGAUAGUUUAUAUGCUGCAUUGAAAUGAAGUCACGGGACGGAGUUGAAACUUCAUGUAGGAUGUUGGCAGUCUGCUGAAGUCGCGACAAACUUCAGAGAUAGAUGUACAUUUUUGCAUCACUAAAGAGUUGCUGUUUUUUGUUAACAAUUUGUUCGCAAUUGAUAACCGAGAGGAAGUUUUCUCUCUGGAAUGCGUAAAUGGAAAUAUAUUUAAUGCUAUCACUUUCUUAGACACUUAUGAUAUUUGACAGUUAAGUCUUCCAUAAACACACACACACACACACACACACACACACACACACACACACACACACACACACACACACACACACACACACACACACACACACACACACACACACACACACACACACACACACACACACACACACAAAUGCCUCUAUAAUACCCAUAUCCACACAUGCACUCAUUAUGUAUAUAGGCCUACAGACACCUAGGAUUUAUAUUAAACUUAACCUAAUGCAAGAGAACUAAGCAAGGGAAAUGGCUUACAUUUUGAAAGUAUUUUAUGAACUACCACAGCUGAAAAAAAUAAUUAUAUGUUAAUUUAUGUAGAUAUAAUGUUCCCGAGAAAUAUACACUUUGCUUAGCCUCGUUUUCUUUGGAUUUUCUAACGAAGGACAAGAUUCACAAGUCAUGAAUUUCGUACGGGACAGCCUUACGGUGAAUUUACAUAAGCCUCUCCCUCCCCAUGAAAUUCAGGAUGACAAGAUAUUAAGCUCACACGCUAUGCAAACGUCAUGCAAACCUAUAAUAGGAAUGACUCUAGUGUUUAUCUGAUUUCCUUUUGUGUAUUCAUGUUUUACAAUGGAAUUUUUUAAUCAUUUUUAGCCUAUUUAAGUGUAACAUUACCCUAGCCAUAUCACAAGCGAAUUAUAACUAUAGCCUCUGUGCAUUGGUGCAUGUUAUUAUUAUCAUAGUCACCCCCGCGCCAUUUCACAAGUUCGGGAUUCACACAAACAUAUAAUAUGGCUCUAUGGCCUCACACACACACACACACACACACACACACACACACACACACACACACACACACACACACACACACACACACACACACACACACACACACACACACACACACACACACACAC